AUUAAUAUGGCUCGUUCAGAGAGUACAGGGUACUCUCCUUUCUUUCUUAAUGCAGGAAGAAUGCCCCGACCUAUGAUCUGGGAUAAUCCUGGGAAGGAUGAAUAUCCCGCCGUUCGGGCUUAUGCUCAGCGCGUGAAAUAUGCGCUCAUGUCCGCUCAUGACAGCAUUAUUUCCGCUAGAAUCAAACAAACCCGUGACGCUAAUCGUAGACGGAGACCUGCGCCUUUUGUAAAGGACGACCUGGUGUAUUUAUCUACGAAGAAC